AUGGUCGCUUCAAAUGAUCAAAGAUGUGCUAAUUACCCUCCCCUUGACGGAUCUCUGUGUCAACUAGACUUCACGGGUGACAGAUAUGAAAAGGUGGAGGGCAGCGCUAGAGCAGGUUUUGAUAUACCUUUGCCCACAAGCUGGACUGUAGUUUUGACAGUCUCUCUGCGACAUUGCUCAAAAAUCGCAUCAUCGGCUCUCUGCACAUCUUCAGAUCGCGACGUUCAGGCAUCAGGAUUGCGGAUUGACCCGGACAUCAUAUUUUCAAGUCCUUCGAUUCACCGGCUCGCGGAAAGCGUCAUUAAGGCUGUAUUGCAGCGGAAUGGUGCAUCCAAGGCUGAUAUCGAAAACAUGAUCGAGAGGUAUUCAGUCGGAUUAGGGAACUCUGUCGCAGGCGCCGACAACACUGUAGUUACUGGGUGCAGCCAAAGCGAUCAUGUCGUUGUCCUGACUGGGUCUACGGGUGGUCUUGGCUCAUACCUGCUUGCAGAUCUACUCCAGCGAGAGGACGUGUCCGUGGUACAUGCCCUCAAUCGCCCGUCAAAGGAGGCGUCGAUACAACAACGACAGGAAGAUUCGUUCAAAUAUCGCGGUUUUGAAUUCACCCUGCUUCAGUCAGACAAACUAGUGUAUGUAGAAACCGAUACUUCCGCUGAUCACCUAGGUCUGGAUAAGGAGUUGUAUCAGAAGAUCUGCACGUCUGCCACUGUCAUCAUUCACAACGCUUGGACAUCCAACUUGAAUGCGGGGCUCUCGUCAUUCGACUUUCAUGUACGGGGAACGCGGAAUCUUAGACUUGGCACUUCUCCACAUCAUCCAAAACCGCGUUUCAUGUUCACAUCUUCCAUGUUAUAUGCUCAAAGUUCGGAUAGAACGAAAGGACCACUCCCUGGAGAAGUACAAUACGACGCAGGGGUCGCAGCAGGUCCUGGUUAUGGCGCGAGCAAGUAUAUUUCGGGAAGGGUUCUCGUCAACAGCAAGUUACCGUCGUCAUCAUUCAGAAUUGGUCACAUAUCAGGAGGACCCCCGCGAGGAGUUUGGUCUACAAAAGACUGGCUACCGGUCACCAUCGCAUCAAGUGUAAGUUUAGGCGCACUUCCGGAAGCCAAAGGAGUCGUGUCUUGGAUCCCUCCACACGCCGUAUCAAAUGCUAUUCUUGAUGUAGCUUUCGCGGAAGAAGAACCUCCCAUUGUGGUGGAUCUGCGGCAUCCGAGACCGGUCGUGAGUACAAUGUUGAUACAAUCCAUUGCGGACGCCUUGUUCGAGCGCAAGAUAACAAGCUACCCGCUACCACUUGUGCCGUUCUCGGAGUGGUUCGAAAAGCUCGAAUCGAGUGCCAAGGGCUUGAGCAAAGAGACUUUGAAGCGUAUCCCUGCCAUCAAACUUCUCAACUUCCUGCGUUUCAUGGCUCGAUCAGAUAUCGCGAUCAGGGCGUCUGGAGAGAUGAGCUGCGAAGCGGCUGGCAUGAUUUCAUUGACCACCGCCGUGGCUGAGCGUAUCAGUCCAACGAUGAAGGAGCUGAAGUCGCUGUCUUCAGCGGACGCAGCACAAUGGGUAGAUUAUUGGACGGCGAUGGAGAUAUUUCAAUGA